CCAUUGGAUUAGAUUCAGAUAUAGUGACUGUAUUUGUAUUUACUUUUUUAUUUGAUGCUUUGCAUUUCAUAAAUUUUCUAGCUUUGGAAUGGAUGGUAUGGUAGACAUUGUGUACAUGAUUGUUGGAUAAAUGAUGCAGGGAUUGUCAAACAGGAGGACAGGUGCAACAAGUAUAUAUUUGGUUGUGUGUAAUGUUAAAAAAGAAGUGCUGUGGCUGCUGCCUGUCAUGUAACAUAUGAAGGAAUAUAUCUUUUUGUUUUAUGUUUUGGUGGAAAACACAUGAUUCUACUGCUUUGAUGCAGAGGUGGCUCAACCAUUAAGCCAUUUACCCUUUCACUCAAGACCCGCCUAAAAAAUAUGUAUAUAAAAAAAUCUUAUUAAUGAAGGUCCCAAUUUUCCGAAGAUAAGGCUUCAUUUAGAUGUUUAGCCUGAAGCUUCAAAAAACCUCGGGCUGCUACUUUGUUCGGUGCCUCAAAGAUUGGAUGAGAUGAGGCACACAGUUUCAGAUUUGUGAACUUGUGAUGCUUUUUUUCAUCACCUGGUUUUGUUUGUGUGAAAAAAGGUUUUUUCACAGGGUAAUGUCUCCUUUAACAGGCUUAACAUGGCAACUCUUAGAAAUCUGAAAAUCAAGACGUCUACUUGCAAACGUAUCGUUAAGGAGAUGCAUUCCUAUGAGAAAGAGGUUGAGAGAGAAGCUGCAAAGACUGCUGAUAUGAAGGAGAAAGGAGCUGAUCCUUAUGACCUGAAGCAGCAGAUGUUUCAGCUACUGCUAGCUGCUUAUUCAACAAUAAGCAUUCAAGAUGCUUCUCUCUUCUUGGGAAUGAAUGAGGAUGAUGCUACAAACUGCAUGUAGACCAGUGAAGACUACAACUUUAAUGCUAAGACAUGAUUUUUGUAUAUAUGUUAGUUUGUGGUUAAUGUUAAGACAUGAUUUUUGGAUAUAUGUUAGUUUGUGGUUAACGUUUUGGAUUUUGGAUAUGUUAAUUUUGUGGGUAAUGGUGAUUGGAUAUUAAUUGAAUGAGA